AUGAAGAUGACUGUAAAUCGUAUAAGGGUAGUGGUGCUCGGAAGCCCGCGAAGUGGAAAAUCGGCGGUGGUUGUGCGUUAUCUAACAAAACGGUACAUCGGCGAAUACAGCUCUACUGGGGAUUUCCUCUAUCAACAUAGAGUUGCUUUUGACGGUGCCGUCUCAGAAGUUGAAAUACUCGACACCUCAAAUUGCGCGAUUCGCGGCUGCAUAGGUGACCACGUGCGGUGGGGCGAUGCGUUUGCGGUUGUGUACUCUGUGUGCGAGAGACGCUCGUUUCUGGCGGCCGCGGAGAUCCUCUCGCUGCUUGUUCGAAGCCGGCUACCGGGCUGCGCAGCUAUAACCCUCUUAGGGAAUAAAAGAGACCUCGAACACGCCAGGGAGGUCCACGCAGAGGAGGGUCAGGAGCUAUCGCUGCGGUUCGGUUGCCAGUUCUACGAGGUGUCAGCGGCGGAGUCGAGCGCGGGCGCGGCGCUAGCCUUCCACGCGCUACUGCGGGAGGCACGAGCACUGGCGCUGCUGCUACCCGCACCGCGCCGCAAGCUCGCUGCCUACUCUGUCUCCAAGGUACGUCUCACACCGUACAACACUAUUGCGUUACACGCGCUGCUGCUACCCGCACCGCGCCGCAAGCUCGCUGCUUACUCUGUCUCCAAGGUACGCCUCACACCGUACAACACUAUUGCGUUGCACGCGCUGCUGCUACCCGCACCGCGCCGCAAGCUCGCUGCCUACUCUGUCUCCAACGUACGUCUCACACCAUACAACACUAUUGCGUUCCACGCGCUGCUGCUACCCGCACCGCGCCGCAAGCUCGCUGCCUACUCUGUCUCUAAAGUACGUCUCACACAUACAACACUAUUGCGUUGCACGCGCUACUGCUACCCGCACCGCGCCGCAAGCUCGCUGCCUACUCUGUCUCCAAGGUACGUCUUACACCGUACAACACUAUUGCGUUGCACGCGUUGCUGCUACCCGCACCGCGCCGCAAGCUCGCUGCCUACUCUGUCUCCAAGGUACGUCUCACACCGUAUAACACUAUUGCGUUCCACGCGCUGCUGCUACCCGCACCACGCCGCAAGCUCGAUGACUACUCUGUCUCCAAAGUACGUCUCACACCGUACAACACUAUUGCGUUCCACGCGCUACUGCUACCCGCACCGCGCCGCAAGCUCGCUGCCUACUCUGUCUUCAAGGUACGUCUUACACCGUACAACACCAUUGCGUUGCACGCGCUGCUGCUACCCGCACCGCGCCGCAAGCUCGCUGCCUACUCUGUCUCCAAGGUACGUCUUACACCGUACAACACUAUUGCGUUCCACGCGCUGCUGCUACCCGCACCGCGCCGGAAGCUCGCUGCCUACUCUGUCUCCAAGGUACGUCUCACACCAUACAAGACUAUUGGGUUCCACGCGCUGCUGCUACCCGCACCGCGCCGCAAGCUCACUGCCUAAUCUGUCUCCAAGGUACGUCUCACACCAUACAACACUAUUGCGUUCCACGCGCUGCUGCUACGCGCACCGCGCCACAAGCUCGCUGCCUACUCUGUCUCCAAGGUACGUCUCACACCAUACAACACUAUUGCAUUCCACGCGCUGCUGCUACCCGCACCGCGCCGGAAUCUCGCUGCCUACUCUGUCUCCAAGGUACGUCUCACACCGUACAACACUAUUGCGUUCCACGCGCUGCUGCUACCCGCACCGCGCCGCAAGCUCACUGCCUAAUCUGUCUCCAAGGUACGUCUCACACCGUACAACACUAUUGCGUUCCACGCGCUGCUGCUACCCGCACCGCGCCGCAAGCUCACUGCCUAAUCUGUCUCCAAGGUACGUCUCACACCAUACAACACUAUUGCGUUCCACGCGCUGCUGCUACCCGCACCGCGCCGCAAUCUCGCUGCCUAAUCUGUCUCCAAGGUACGUCUCACACCAUACAACACUAUUGCGUUCCACGCGCUGCUGCUACCCGCACCGCGCCACAAGCUCACUGCCUACUCUGUCUACAAGGUACGUCUCACACCGUACAACACUAUUGCGUUGCACGCGCUGCUGCUACCCGCACCACGCCGCAAGCUCACUGCCUAAUCUGUCUCCAAGGUACGUCUCACACCGUACAACACUAUUGCGUUCCACGCGCUGCUGCUACCCGCACCGCGCCACAAGCUCGCUGCCUACUCUGUCUCCAAGGUACGUCUCACACCGUACAACACUAUUGCGCUGCACGCGCUGCUGCUACCCGCACCGCGCCGCAAGCUCGCUGCCUAAUCUGUCUCCAAGGUACGUCUCACACCGUACAACACUAUUGCGCUGCACGCGCUGCUGCUACCCGCACCGCGCCGCAAGCUCGCUGCCUACUCUGUCUCCAAGGUACGUCUCACACCGUACAACACUAUUGCGCUCCACGCGCUGCAGCUACCCGCACCGCGCCGCAAGCUCACUGCCUACUCUGUCUCCAAGGUACGUCUCACACCGUACAACACUAUUGCGUUCCACGCGCUGCUGCUACCCGCACCGCGCCGCAAGCUCGCUGCCUACUCUGUCUCCAAGGUACGUCUCACACCGUACAACACUAUUGCGUUCCACGCGCUGCUGCUACCCGCACCGUGCCGCAAGCUCGAUGCCUACUCCGUCUCCAAGGUCAUCGGCACGAUAUUCGGCAAAAACAGCAAAAGUGUACGAAAGAAACGACCGUCGCUCAGUAUUUAAAUCUACAUAUUUAUCAUUAAGUGUAGUUUUAAAACAAUAG